AUGGGCUGGAAAGGUGAUGAGAGCGGCGCGUGUGCUGCAGCUGCAAGACCAGUGACAGGACUUUGCUGUAAAAUGGGCCUUCUGACUAUGCUUAUUGGAUUAUGGCUGUUUUCCUCAGUUAAGGCAGAUUCAAAAGCCAUUACGACCUCUCUUACAACAAAAUGGUUUUCCACUCCAUUGUUAUUAGAAGCCAGUGAGUUUUUAGCAGAAGACAGUCAAGAGAAAUUUUGGGAUUUUGUGGAAGCCAGUCAAAAUAUCGGAUCAUCAGAUCAUCACGGUACUGAUUACUCCUAUUAUCAUGCAAUAUUGGAAGCUGCAUUUCGGUUUCUGUCACCACUACAGCAGAAUUUGUUGAAAUUCUGUCUGUCUGUCCGCUCCUACUCAGCUACAAUACAAGCCUUCCAGCAGAUAGCAGCUGAUGAACCGCCACCAGAAGGAUGUAAUUCAUUUUUUUCAGUGCAUGGAAAGAAGACUUGUGAUUUUGAUACCCUUGAGACUCUUCUACUAACAGCUUCUGAAAGACCAAAACCUUUAUUGUUCAAAGGAGAUCACAGAUACCCCUCAUCUAAUCCUGAAAGCUCAGUGGUUAUUUUCUACUCUGAGAUUGGCUCUGAGGAGUUUUAUAAUUUCCACCGACAACUUAUUUCAAAAAGCAAUGCAGGCAAAAUAAAUUACAUAUUCAGACAUUAUUUAUCAAACCCCAGGAAGGAGCCUGUUUACCUCUCUGGCUAUGGUGUGGAGCUGGCCAUUAAGAGCACCGAGUACAAGGCCAAGGAUGAUACUCAGGUGAAAGGAACUGAAGUUAACGCCACAGUGAUUGGUGAAAGUGAUCCUAUUGAUGAAGUUCAAGGAUUUCUCUUUGGAAAGUUAAGAGACCUGCACCCUGACCUGAAGGGACAGUUGAAAGAACUCAGAAAGCAUCUCGUUGAGAGCACCAAUGAAAUGGCACCUUUAAAAGUCUGGCAGUUGCAAGAUCUAAGUUUUCAGACUGCUGCACGGAUCUUGGCUGCACCUAUUGAGUUAGCUCUCGUGAUUAUGAAGGAUCUCAGUCAAAACUUUCCCACCAAAGCCAGAGCAAUAACAAAAACAGCUGUGAGUUCAGAACUUAGAGCUGAAGUAGAAGAGAAUCAGAAGUAUUUCAAGGGAACUUUAGGGUUACAGCCUGGAGAUUCAGCACUGUUCAUCAAUGGACUUCAUAUUGAUUUAGAGACACAAGAUAUAUUCAGUCUGUUUGAUAUAUUGAGGAAUGAAGCUCGAGUGAUGGAGGGUCUACAUAGACUGGGAAUAGAAGGCGUUUCUCUGCAUAAUGUCUUGAAACUGAAUAUACAGCCCUCUGAGGCCGACUAUGCUGUAGAUAUCAGGAGCCCUGCUAUUUCGUGGAUCAACAACCUGGAGGUUGAUAGCAGAUACAAUUCAUGGCCUUCUAGUCUACAAGAAUUGCUUCGCCCCACCUUUCCUGGAGUCAUCCGGCAGAUCAGGAGGAACCUGCACAACAUGGUUUUCAUAGUUGAUCCUGCUCACGAGAGCACUGCAGAGUUGAUGAACACAGCUGAGAUGUUCCUCAGUAAUCAUAUACCACUAAGACUUGGUUUAAUCUUUGUGGUUAAUGACUCUGAAGACGUUGAUGGGCUGCAAGAUGCUGGAGUGGCUAUUCUGAGAGCGUAUAACUAUGUUGCGCAAGAAGUGGACAAUUAUCACGCCUUCCAGAUUCUGACACAUAUGUAUAACAAAGUAAGGACUGGAGAAAGAGUGAAAGUUGAACAUGUGGUCACUGUCCUGGAGAAGAAAUAUCCGUAUGUGGAAGUGAAUAGCAUUUUGGGAAUUGACUCUGCAUAUGAUCAGAAUCGAAAGGAAGCAAGAAGUUACUAUGAGCAGACUGGAGUUGGUCCACUGCCUGUUGUCCUAUUCAAUGGAGUGCCCUUGGAAAAGGAGCAGCUAGACCCUGAUGAAUUGGAAACCAUUACAAUGCACAAAAUCCUAGAGACCACAACUUUCUUUCAAAGAGCAGUGUACUUGGGUGAACUGUCCCAUGAUCAAGAUGUGGUAGAGUAUAUCAUGAAUCAGCCAAAUGUUGUUCCACGAAUCAACUCUAGGAUUUUGACAGCUGAGCGAGAAUACCUGGACCUAACAGCAACCAAUAACUUUUUUGUGGAUGAUUAUGCUAGAUUUACCGUCUUGGAUUCCCAAGGCAAGACUGCUGCUAUAGCCAACAGUAUGAAUUAUCUGACUAAGAAAGGAAUGUCCUCCAAGGAAAUCUAUGAUGAUUCUUUUAUUAGGCCAGUAACUUUUUGGAUUGUUGGGGAUUUUGAUAGCCCUUCUGGAAGGCAAUUGUUGUAUGAUGCUAUUAAACAUCAGAAAUCCAGUAACAAUGUUAGAGUAAGCAUGAUCAAUAAUCCUAGUGAAGAUAUAAGUUACGAGAAAACUCAGAUCUCCAGAGCAAUCUGGGCUGCUCUCCAAACCCAGACCUCCAACUCUGCUAAGAACUUCAUCACGAAAAUGGCCAAGGAGGAGACUGCAGCGGCCCUGGCUGCAGGAACUGACAUCAGGGAGUUCUCUGUUGGGGGCAUGGAUUUCAGUCUUUUUAAGGAGGUCUUUGAGUCUUCCAAAAUGGAUUUCAUUUUGUCUCAUGCCGUGUACUGCAGGGAUGUUCUAAAGCUGAAGAAAGGACAGAGGGCAGUGAUCAGCAAUGGAAGGAUCAUUGGGCCACUGGAGGACAGUGAAUUCUUUAAUCAAGACGAUUUCCACCUCCUGGAAAAUAUCAUCUUAAAAACUUCAGGACAGAAAAUCAAAUCUCACAUUCAGCAGCUUCGGGUAGAAGAAGAUGUGGCCAGUGACUUGGUAAUGAAGGUGGACGCCCUCCUGUCGGCGCAACCAAAAGGAGAUGCAAGAAUCGAAUACCAGUUUUUCGAAGACAGACACAGUGCAAUUAAACUGAAACCCAAGGAAGGGGAGACGUACUUUGAUGUUGUGGCUGUCAUUGACCCUGUCACCAGAGAAGCACAGAGACUUGCCCCAUUGCUUUUGGUUUUAACUCAGCUGAUCAACAUGAAUCUAAGAGUAUUCAUGAACUGCCAAUCUAAACUUUCCGACAUGCCGUUAAAAAGCUUUUACCGUUAUGUCUUGGAACCAGAGAUUUCUUUUACUUCGGACGGUAGUUUUACUAAGGGGCCAAUAGCAAAAUUUUUGGAUAUGCCACAGUCUCCUCUGUUCACUCUGAACUUGAACACACCUGAGAGUUGGAUGGUAGAGUCUGUCAGAACACCAUAUGACCUUGAUAAUAUUUAUUUAGAAGAGGUGGACAGCAUCGUGGCUGCUGAGUAUGAGCUGGAGUACCUGUUACUAGAAGGUCACUGCUAUGACAUCACCACUGGCCAGCCCCCCCGGGGACUGCAGUUUACAUUAGGAACUUCAACCAAGCCAGUCAUUGUGGAUACCAUUGUUAUGGCUAAUCUGGGCUAUUUUCAGUUAAAAGCCAACCCAGGAGCUUGGAUUCUCAGACUAAGAAAGGGACGUUCUGAAGAUAUUUACAGAAUCUACAGUCAUGACGGUACAGAUUCUCCACCCGAUGCUGAUGAAGUUGUUGUUGUCCUCAACAACUUCAAGAGCAAAAUUAUUAAAGUGAAGGUUCAGAAGAAGGCAGACAUGGUGAAUGAGGACUUGCUGAGCGAUGGGACUAAUGAGAAUGCCUCUGGAUUUUGGGACUCCUUCAAAUGGGGCUUUACAGGAGGACAGAAGACCGAGGAAGUGAAACAAGACAAAGAUGACAUCAUUAAUAUUUUCUCUGUUGCAUCUGGUCAUCUCUAUGAAAGAUUUCUUCGCAUAAUGAUGCUAUCAGUACUGAAGAAUACCAAGACUCCUGUGAAAUUCUGGUUCUUGAAGAAUUAUUUGUCCCCCACGUUUAAGGAGUUUAUACCUUAUAUGGCGGACAAAUACAAUUUUCAGUAUGAGCUUGUUCAGUACAAGUGGCCCCGGUGGCUUCACCAGCAGACUGAGAAGCAGCGCAUCAUCUGGGGUUACAAGAUCCUGUUCCUGGAUGUGCUGUUCCCACUGGUUGUUGACAAGUUCCUGUUUGUGGAUGCGGAUCAGAUUGUACGAACAGAUUUGAAAGAGUUAAGAGAUUUCAAUUUGGAUGGUGCUCCUUAUGGUUACACUCCUUUCUGUGACAGCCGCAGAGAGAUGGAUGGCUACAGGUUCUGGAAGUCAGGGUACUGGGCCAGUCACUUAGCUGGGCGAAAGUACCAUAUCAGUGCGCUGUACGUCGUGGAUCUGAAGAAGUUUAGGAAAAUAGCAGCUGGCGACAGACUCAGGGGACAGUACCAAGGUCUGAGCCAGGAUCCUAACAGCCUUUCAAAUCUCGAUCAAGAUUUGCCCAAUAACAUGAUCCAUCAGGUGCCAAUUAAAUCACUCCCUCAAGAAUGGCUUUGGUGUGAAACGUGGUGUGAUGAUGCCUCUAAGAAAAGGGCAAAAACAAUUGAUUUGUGUAAUAAUCCAAUGACCAAAGAGCCCAAGCUGGAGGCCGCUGUUCGAAUUGUCCCAGAGUGGCAGGACUAUGAUCAGGAGAUCAAACAGCUACAGCAUCGCUUUCAGGAGGAGAAGGAAAUGGGAGCACUGUAUAGAGAUAAGACAGCAAAGGAGGCAAGCCAAGAAGGACCUCAGACACAUGAGGAAUUAUGAUCUCCAGAGGAGGAUAGGAAAUUACACCAUUUGAAAAACACUUUUUAUAUUAAAUGCUAGUUUUUUUCAAUUUGUCUAUACAACUGCUGAUGAACCGACUGGGCGUGCCGCCCUGUUCAUCCUGACUCCCGCACGCCGGCGGCUCUGGAUCUCUGAAGUUAAGGCUUUCUACUAGAUUCGAACCUCAGAGGAAGACAAGGAACUGAUUUUGGGGGGACUUUAUGAAGAGCAGGCCUUUCACCAGAAGAGAAGAUGGCAAAAGCAACUGGAAGAGAAACAAGCCCGCAUGUGCUGCAGUGUCCUAAGAGGCCACUAGCGGGAGCCGCCGGGUCCUCCUUACCUCAGUCCACGGGGAGGGGCGGCGGAGCUCCUGUCUGCAGCCGAGGCCACCCUUCCAGGCAGAUAGUGGAUGGGGCGGCGCCUAUGUGAGCAUCUCCGGGUUUGUGCCAGUGGGCCCCUGUGCCCUUCCCCAGCAUCAGGUUCAUUGUUAAAUUGAAACCCA